AGUAUCGUAUGUGUAUACACACACACACACACCUACACACACACACACACACACACUGUGUUCCUGUUUGUCCUGGUGUUUGUACAGUGCGUGUAUGUGAUGUGAAGCAUAUUUGUGAAAUGUAUGGGGAGGGUGCACUUUGGUCAGUGAGCACACACACACACACACACACACACACACACACACUUCCAGUUGCUGGCAUCAGCUGUUUGAAGAGGAGCUUCGUCUACGACCUUUACAGUAAGUGACCACGAGUUUUUAUCUAUUAAAUUUAAGUUAUUCAUCGUUUUUCAAAGGCAACAGAAGAAGAAAUGUUUAAAGGCUGUUUCUGUGCCAUUGUAGGUAAAUGAUAAAUACAUGAAUAAAUGAAUAGAGGGGAUAAUAUUCUGAGAAAAAACUCAGAAUUUCCAGGAUGAAAGUCGUAAAUUCACGAGAAAAAAAGAACCAAUGACCAUUCAGAGCUUUGUUGACAAGCAAAAUUAAUCUAAAUUAAGUAAACAAGGACGUGUGUCAGUGCGUCUGUAGUCAAACAUAAUGAAGAAAGUACAGAAAGUAGGAUGUGUUUCAGUUUUCAGACACACUUUGGUUAGUUUCACCAGUCAGUCACAUACCAAUGGAGGCUGAAGCAUCAGUGCUGUUGCUAUGGUUACCAGCAGUUUGCUAUACUUCACACAUAUGUUUACAGUGACCUAUCAGCCAAUCAGAAACCAGUAUGUUGCUUUUCUGGAUAAUAAUGCUGAUGCAUUUAAUUAACUUGAUGAUUAGUGGUUUUGAUUUGUGUGUGUGUGUGUGUGUGUGUGUGUGUGUGUGUGUGUGUGUGUGUGUGUGUGUGUGUGUGUGUGUGUGUGUGUGUGUGUGCACACAGAUGCUCUGCCCAUGUGUGUCCUGAUGACCCAGUGACCCUCAGCAGAUGAUGCAGAGAUGGAGGAAGAGGAGGUGCCUGCUGCUCCGGUGUUGGAUGGAGAGAUUGAAAAUGUUACGACAGUGAAGGGAGAGAAAGAAGAGUCCGUCCAGAAGACGGUGGUAACAACGGUAAUGACACUGUCCACGGUUGUUGAAACGACUACGGGAAGGACAGAGGUAGAGGAGAAGGAGGAAGCUGAUAAAAUAUCUGAGGACGAGAAGGAGGAAAAUGAAGCGGAGAUGGAAGGAGGAGAAGAAGAGGAUGGAGAGGAAGAGGAGAGAAAAGGAAGAACAUUGCUGGGGACGUGGGAAUCGGAGGCCUCCUCUGAUGUAAAGCCUCCACUGCCCGACCCAGCGUUUAACAGGAGGUGCAGUUUGCUCGCCAGUGAUGUGAGGUAUAAGGAGGACUUUGAGAAGAUGAAAGGUCAGAGUCUGUUUGUUCCUGGAGCUGAACUCAUCCACUCCAAGAACAUCAGCGCUGUGAUCUCUGAGUCGAAGUACAAGGAGGACGGGAAGAAGGAGGCUUCUGUUUCUCUGUACUCCAUCCUGCCGGAGACUCCAGCGACACAGCACGCCAGAGAGGCUUCAGAGCUGCAGAGUGAGAUUAAAUACAAAGGAAACGUGAAGACAGAGAUUUCGUCUUCUCUUUAUUCUCUGCUGCCAGAAACCACCGAGACUCAGUUUGUCAAAGAGCUGACUGAGAUUCUGAGUGAGAACAAGUACAAGGAGGAAGGAAGGAAGGAGAUGAGCAGCAGUCUGUACUCUCAGCUUCCUGAAACUGCCGAGAUGCAGCUCGCCAAGACCGUCCACGAGUUUCAGAGCGAGAAAAAGUACAAAGAAGACGGGAAGAGAAAGGCCUCCAUCUCCCUCUACUCCCAGCUGGCAGACACUCCCGAAAUUCAGCACGCUCUGGAGGUGUCACAGCUGCAGAGCGAGGUGAAUUAUCGCCCGAAGAUGCUGGUUAAAGGAGCCCCCUCCUCUCUUUACUCCCAGCUCCCCGACACCACAGAGAUCCAGUUUGCCAGAGAGAUGACUGAGAUGCAGAGCGAGAGUAAGUAUAAGGAGGGCGGCAGGAGGAGCCUGUCUCAGAGCUUCUACUCUCAGCUCCCAGAGACCUCAGAGACUCAGUUUGCCAAAGCUGUUGCUGAGCUGCAGAGCGAGAUGCGGUACAAAGGAGCGGGUAAGAAGGACGUGAACUCCUGUCUGUACUCCGUCCUGCCCGAGACUUUAGAGACGGCUCACGCCAAGGAAGUGUCCGAGCUCCUCAGUGAGGUGAAGUAUAAAGAGGACGGUAAGAAGGAGAUGAGCGUCAACCUGUACUCCCUGCUGCCUGAGACCAUGGACACCCAGCACGCUAAAGAGGCGUCACACCUGCAGAGCGAGGUGAAGUAUAAAGAAGGUCUGAAGCAGAAGAUUCAAAACAGUUUGUACCAUCAGCUGCCAGAGACCACAGAGACACAGCUGGCCAAACAGCUGUCUGAGCUGCAGAGUGAGGCCAAGUAUAAAGAAGCUGGAAAGAAGGAGGUGAACACCUGCCUGUACUCUCUCCUGCCUGAGACCCUGGAGACACAACACGCUAAAGAGACCACAGAGCUGCUCAGUCAGAUCAAGUACAAGGAGAGCGGGAGGAAGGAGAUGUCCAGCUCCCUCUACUCCUCCCUGCCUGAAACUUCAGAGACCAGCUUCGCCAGAGAGAUGACUGACAUGCUGAGCGAGAAUAAGUACAAAGAGAACGGGAUGAAGAGCCUCUCUCAGAGCGUCUACAGUCAGCUACCACAGACCACUGAGAUGCAGUUUGUUAAGGCUGUGUCUGAGCUGCAGAGCGAGAUGAAGUACAAACAGGGAAAGAAAGACGUGUCCAGCUCUCUGUAUUCCACUCUACCUGAGACCCUGGAGACGCUUCACGCCAAAGAAGCUUCUGAACUGCAGAGCGAGCUGAAGUACAAGGCGGCUCUGAAGGACGGUCUGUCCUCCAGCCUGUUCCACCUGCUGCCGCAGACCUUAGAGACGGCCCACGCCAAGGAGGUCUCAGAGCUUCUCAGCGAGGUGAAGUAUAAAGAGGACGGUAAGAAGGACAUGAGCAUGAACCUGUUCUCUGUGCUGCCUGAGACCAUGGACACCCAGCACGCUAAGGAGGCGUCUCACCUGCAGAGCGAGGUGAAAUACAAAGAAGGUCUGAAGCAGAAGACUGAGAGCAGUUUGUAUCAUCGGCUCCCAGAGACCGCAGAGACACAGCUGGCCAAACAGCUGUCUGAGCUGCAGAGUGAGACCAGGUACAAGGAGGCAGGUAAGAAGGAGGUGAACACCUGCCUGUACUCGCUGCUGCCUCACACCAUGGAGACGCAGCACGCUAAAGAAGCCGCGGAGCUGCUCAGUGAGAUCAAGUACAAGGAGAGUGUGAAGAAGGAGAUGUCCAGCUCCCUGUACUCCUCUCUGCCCGACACCCUGGAAACCAGUUUUGCCAGAGAGAUGAGCGGCACUCUGAGCGAGAACAAGUACAAGGAGGACGGGAAGAGAAGCCUCUCUCAGAGCUUCUACUCUCAGCUACCACAAACAGCUGAGACUCGGUUUGCCAAAACUGUCUCUGAGCUGCAGAGCGAGAUGAAGUACAAAGAAGCAGGAAAGAAAGAAGGUACAAGCUCUUUGUACUCGACUUUACCCGAGACUCUGGAAACUCAGCACGCCAAAGCGGCUUCGCAGCUGCAGAGCCAGCUGAAGUACAAGCAGGGUCCGAGGAGAGACUCCACGAGUCUUUACCACCUGAUGCCAGAAACCAGCGAGACUCAGUUUGUCAGAGAGCAGACGGAGAUGCUCAGUGAGGUCAAAUACAAAGAAGAUGGUAAGAAGGAGAUGAGCGUCAGCCUGUACUCUCUGCUCCCCGACACCAUCGACACGCAGCACGCCAAAGAGCUGACACAGAUGCAGAGUGAGGCUAAAUACAAAGAGGCCGGUAAGAAGCAAGCAUCCACGUCUCUGUACCAUCGACUACCAGAAACCCUGGAGACGCAACACGCCAAAGAGGCUUCACAGCUACAGAGUCAGAUCUUGUACAAAGAGGCUGUGAAGAAGGAGUUGUCGUGUCCGGUUUACCACCAGCUGCCGGACACUCUGGAGACUCAGUUCGCCCGAGGCCUCAGAGACAUGCAGAGCCAAAACAAGUACAAGGAGGACGGGAUGAAGAGCCUGUCCCACAGUGUCUACAGUCAGCUGCCAGAGACCACUGAGACGCAGUUUGCUAAAACUGUGUCUGAGCUGCAGAGCGAGACCAAGUAUAAGAAGUCAGGGAGGCAGGAGGCCGGCAGCUGUUUGUACUCUGUGAUGGCUGAAACCCUGGAUACUCAACACGCCAAGCAGGCCUCACAGAUCCAGAGCCAGGUGAAGUACAAAGAGGGCGUGCAGAAGGACGUGUCGUCCACUUUGUUUUCCAGCCUUCCUCAAACCCUCCAGACUGAGUUGGCCAAGGAGGUGACGGAGCUCCAGAGCCAGGUGAAAUAUAAAGGGAACUGUAAGAAGGAAGCGUCCUCCUCCCUGUACCACCUCCUCCCUGAGACGCUGGAGACGCAUUUUGCCAAACAGAUGUCAGAGAUCCAGAGCGAGGCAAAGUACAAGAAGGAGAAAGAGGAUCUGCCCAACACUCUGUACUCGCUGCUGCCUGAAACUCUGGAGACUCAGUUUGUUAAAGAGAUGGCUGCGACUCACAGCGAGGGGAGGUAUAAGCAGGCUGGUAAGCAGCAGGCAGCGUCGUCUCUUUACUCCAAACUGCCUGAAACUCUGGAGACCAAACACGCCAAAGACGUGGCUGAGCUGCAGAGCGAAAAAAAGUACAAAGAUGGAGGGAGGAAGGAGAUGACGUCGCCUCUGUACGCUCAGCUUCCCGAGACCGCCGAGACCCAGUUCGCCCGCGAGAUGACUGAGAUGCAGAGCGAGAACAGGUAUAAGGAAGGCGGGAAGAAAAGUCAGGCUGUCAGUGUUUACUCCCAGUUACCAGAGACCAGCGAAACCCAGUUUGCCAAAACUGUUUCUGAAAUACAGAGUGAGAGCAAAUACAAAGAAGCAGGGAAGAGAGACGCGUCCAGCUCUCUGUACUCUCAGCUGCCGGAGACUCUGGACACGCUGCACGCUAAAGAGGUUUCACAGCUGCAGAGUCAGGUGAAGUAUAAACAGGACAGUAAGAAGGAGGCGGGCAGCUCUUUGUAUCAUCAGCUGCCUGAAACCUCAGAGACACAGCUGGCUAAAGGGCUGAGAGACAUUUACAGCCAGGUGAAGUACAAAGAGGAGGGUAAGAAGGAGAUAGGGAAGAACCUGUACUCGCUCCUCCCUGAGACGGCAGAGACACAGUUCGCCAAGCAGGUGUCAGAGAUGCAGAGUGAGGCAAAGUACAAGAAAGAUAAAGAGGAUCUGCCCAACGCUCUGUACUCGCUGCUGCCUGAAACCCUGCACACUCAGUUUGUUAAAGAGAUGGCUGAGACUCACAGUGAGAUCAAAUAUAAAGAAGCAGGAAAGAAGGAGGCGAGCAGUUCUCUGUACCAGCGGCUGCCUGAGACUCUGGAGACGCAGCAUGUGAAAGAGGUUACUGAGCUGCAGAGCGAGAACAAGUACAAGGAGAGCGGGAAGAAGCUGAUGUCGUCCAGUUUGUACGCUCAGCUGCCGCAGACGGCCGAGACACAGCUCGCCGCCAAGAUGUCGGACCUGCAGAGUGAGAGUAAAUAUAAAGAGGACGGGAUCAAGAGCCUGUCUCAGAGUCUCUACUCUCAGCUGCCAGAGACCGCUGAGACCCAGUUUGUCAAAACUGUCUCUGAGCUGCAGAGCGAGGCCAAGUACAAGGAGGCGAGCAGGAAGGAGGCGAGCAGCUGUCUGUUCCAUCAGCUGCCUGAAACUCUGCAAACCCAACACGCUAAGGAGGCGACGGAGCUGCAGAGUCAGGUGAAGUACAAGGAAGGUCAGAAGGAGCUGAGCACCAGCCUGUACUCUCUGCUGCCCGAGACCGAGGAGAUGAAGUUUGCCAAAGCCGCCAUGGAGCUGCAGAGCGAGAACAAAUACAAGCAGAAAGGCAGGCAGGAGAUCAGCAGCAGUGUUUUCCACCACAUGCCGGAGACCAGAGAGACGGAGUUCGCUAAGCAGAUCUCUGAGCUUCAGAGUGAGACAAAGUACAAGAAAGAUAAAGAGGAUCUGCCCAACGCUCUGUACUCGCUGCUGCCUGAAACUCUGGAGACUCAGUUUGUUAAAGAGAUGGCUGAGACUCACAGUGAGAGUAAAUACAAGGAGGCUGGUAAGAAGGAGCUGGUUAACAGUCUGUAUUCUGUGCUGCCUGAGACCAAAGAAACUCAACACGCGAAGGAGCAGACUCAGCUGCAGAGUGAGAAAACGUACAGGGAGGAGGGUAAGAAGGAGGCCGGCUGCAGUCUGUACGCCCAGAUGCCCCAGACCAUCGACACGGUCUUUGCUAAAGAACUGACCCAGAGGCAGAGCGACAAGUUUUAUAAGGAGAAGUACAAUCGGGAGAAGGGGAAGUCCAGCUACAGCAGCAUGAAGACGCUGCCUGAGGUGGAGCACGCCAUGGAGGUCAACAAGAACCAGAGCGAUGUCAGCUACAGAAAAGGAAAAGAGGAGCUUCAUCACUACAACACGGUGCCUGACAGACCUGACAUCAUCAACGCCACCAACGCUGCUAAACUGGCCAGCGAUGUGGCCUAUAAGAGCAACACUAAGCAGCCGGUUUACAGUGACGGCUCUCUUUUGGCCAGGACGGACAUCCAGCACGCCAAGGAAGUUUCACAGCUGGCCAGCCAGGUGAAGUAUAAGCAGAGCUUCGACAGACUCUUAAAGGGCCAGAGGCCUCGGUACAACCCGCUCGACUGUGUCUCCUUCAAACACACACAAGCUGCUGCCGCUCUGGCCAGUCAGGUGAAGUAUAAGACCAACCAGAGCCAGAAACCCGAAGGAUCCUCAGACCUGCCAAACCUCCUGCAGCUGGAGCACGUGCUGCACGCCAGCAAGCUGCAGAGCAACGUGGAGUACAAGAAGAAGUACGAGCAGACGAAGGCCCACUACCACAUCGCCCUGGACACGGCUGAACAGCUCCACCACAAGGAGAACGCGGUGCUGCACAGCCAGGUGAAGUACAGGGAGGAGUAUGAGAAGAACAAAGGUCGCUCUCAGAUGGAGUUUGGAGACACUCAGACGUACAAAGUGUCCAAAGAAGCACAGAAGAUGCAAAGCGAGAGGGAGUAUCGGAGGGACUAUGAGGAGCAGAUGAAGGGGAGGGCCUUGGUGGACGUAGACCAGACACCUGGAUACCUGACAGCACGCCAUGCCAGCAGUCUGCUGAGCGAGAAGGAGUACAGGAAAGACCUGGAACAGGAAGUGAAGGGGCGUGGCUUAUCUGGCAUCGGGCUGGAGGAAACGCCGGAGCUGCUGAGGGUUAAAAAAGCCGGUCAGAUUCUGAACCAGAGGGAAUACCGCAGGGAUAUGGAGAGGGAGAUUGUGGGUAAAGGCAUGGAGCUGAGUGCUGACGUCCUGGACAUGCAAAGAGCCAAGAGAGCCUCAGAGAUCCAGAGCCAGAGGUUUUACAAGCAGACGGAGACACUCAGAGAAAACUCCUAUGGGACAGUGACAGACACUCCUGAGCUGCUGCACGCCUCCUACCUCAGAGACGUCUACAGUCAGAAGAAGUAUAAAGACGAGGCCGAGCGGCUGAAGGGAAGUUACAGUCUUCUAUCUGAAACCCCAGAGAUGGAGAGAGUCCGAGCCAACCAGAGACACAUCAGCUCUCUGCGGUACUCCUGGGACUCCAAGCUCAUGAGAGGCCUGAUGUCCUCAGUGACAGAGACACCGGAGAUCGUCCUCGCCAGAGAGAACGCCAAGAAGAUCAGUGAUGUCCAGUACAGAGAGGAGGUGGGUCGUGGCACCGUCGUCAUGGACACACCUGAGAUGGAACGAGUCCGUCGCAACCAGGAGAACAUCAGCUCAGUCAAGUACAGGCAGAGUGCAGUGAAGGCCACCAGUGUGGGAGUGACCCCCGAGCUGGAGAGAGUCCGACAGAACCAGGAGAACAUCAGCUCGGUGAAGUAUCAGCGUGGGCUGCAGGAGCUGAGGGGGCGGAGCUGCACCGAGCUGGACACACCUGAGUACAGGCGUGUCCGGAAGACGCAGGACUCGGUUUCCAUGGUAGCGGCCCAGUUGCCGUGGCUCCCAGCUGGGCUGUGGGAGGAGCUAACUUGAGUGAUGCGGCACCACGGUUGGGCUUGUCACACUGAGACUAACACGCACCCACCAGACAGUGUGGAGCACAGUGUGUUCGUGUGUGUGUGUGUGUGUGUGUGUGUGUGUGUGUGUUCGUGUGUGUGUGUGUGUGUGUGUGUGUGAGUCUACGAGUGUAUGAUAGUGUGUACAGGUGUGAGUGUUUGUGUGUUAAUAAUAAAAUAUUUUAAAAACAUUCCGUGUGUGUUUCAUUUGCUCACUGACCAAAUGCACCCUGACCCGUGUGUGUGUGUGUGUGUGUGUGUGUGUGUGUGACAUUUCUAACACUAAUGUGUGUAUUAACACUUGUCAUUACAGUGACACUGACACUGAUGUGUGUG